AGCGCCUAUGCCCAGCUCCUCGUCGAGGGAGAGCGCACGCGGCACAAGUCGUCCGCUGACGCAGCAGGAGCAGGACAACCUUGCCCAUCUUGACAGGCUGAAAUUCUUCUUGGCCACCGCACCUUCGCGAUGGAGCGAUGCCGAAGUGUCAGCCUUGGAUCAGGAGCAGAGCGGCACAUCGUUUCCUAUCGGCCACCCGCAGUCGAACCACCCCGCUUUGAACAGAUUCCUUCUCCCGAAUCACGAGUAUGUCUCCUGUGUUCUGUGGGGUGGUCUUUACCACAUCACUGGUACGGACAUCGUCCGCGCACUGGUCUUUCGCUUCGAGGCGUUUGGUCGUCCAGUGAGGAACAUGAAGAAAUUCGAGGAGGGUGUUUUCAGUGAUCUGCGUAAUCUGAAGCCGGGUGUGGAUGCGUGUUUGGAGGAGCCGAAGUCUCCCUUCCUUGACCUCCUGUUCAAGUACCAAUGCAUACGCACCCAGAAGAAGCAGAAAGUCUUCUAUUGGUUUUCUGUUCCGCAUGAUCGUCUUUUCCUUGAUGCCUUAGAACGGGACCUGAAGCGUGAGAAGAUGGGUGCUGAGCCCACCACUGUUGUUGUGGGCGAACCCGCUGCGUCCUUCACGUACGAUCACACCCGUUCGUUGUACGACCAGUUCAGUAAGGCUCAGGGUGGCGUCGAAGGCGAGGGCGAAUUGGAGGCUGCGGUGCGCAGAGCUGAUGCCCUGAAGUCAGGAAGUCCUGCGGAAGGACAAGGCGAUCCAGAAGCCGAUGGUACUGAUCCCGCUGCGGACUCCACUGAUGAACAAGCGUCUAGGAACGGAGCCACUGCUGGGUCUGCACUCCGGGGACCCAACAAUCCGUUCUUCUCGGCGUUUUCUCUUUUCGAGGGUUCUCCCAGCUACAAACAGCGGCGGAAGAAGACGACCAAGUCGACACGCAAGACUCCUCUCCGCGAUGAUCAGUCGACACGGCCCACCGACGUCACCGUCGGCUAUGGCCCUUCUGACAGUGACAUGAGCGCUGCUGAUAUGUUCUUCGCUCAAGCUCGGGGAGAGAUGAGCCCAGCGAAUCCGAUUGAGAAGGAACAAGAGCGACGGAUAAAGAUCGCUCAAGAGACUGUAGCGAAGGUUGAAGCGAUGAAUGCUUCAAUACCUCCUCUUACGCAAGCUUCUUACCCUCCUCAGGCGCAUGCCACCGUGUCCCAGUCCGCAGCUGCUGACGAGGACGGCAUCAUCGGUGUUGGAGGCAGUUCGGAGGAUAGACCCCGAGUCGAGCGUGGUUACUCCCAUCCUAUGCUACCGACGAACAGCUAUGCGGACUUCCAACAAUCCUCGGGCGCGACGCGCUCGGCCACUUUGCCUACAGAGUCCUGCGUACCUGCGACUGAUGCUGUGAACGGUCUGCACCCCAGUGGCAUGCCGAAAACAUUUGUUUGCCCGCUAUUCUCCUGCGGGAGACUCUUCAAGCGCAUGGAGCAUCUGAAGCGUCACCUGAGGACCCAUACAAUGGAGAGGCCGUUCCAGUGCAAUCGUUGCCAGAAGCGGUUCUCUCGAUCGGACAACCUUGCUCAGCAUACUCGGAUUCAUCUCCGCGCCGACGCCGAUGGUGCAACGAUGGGUGCUGACGAGGGCUACGCCGACAUCGAGAGCGAAGACAUCGACGAGCUUGACGGUGAUGAUGGUUCUAUGCCUUACGUUGAUCCUAGGAUGGGCUAUGUUAAUGGAGUGGACGGCAUGAGCGGUAUGGGUUCCGCUGUCAUGGACACCCAAGGGAACGUGAUGGGCUUGCAGGGUGUUUCCGUCGAUCAGGGCAAUACCACCUACAUCGACGGCGCUCAGGAUGUCUACUAUGUGCCUGAGGCGCCGAGCGCUGUUGGGACACCUCAAUUUGCUUAUAUGGCAGGGUCGCCUGAGCACAGUCCUUAUCUGUAUGGCGAUGCCAGGAACCAGCCUAGCCCUGCUUUCACUUCUGCCAGUGCGCCGUCGCCGCCACCGUCACAUCUCGUUGGUCGUGCCAACUCCUUCCAUUCGACCCAGCAACCGCCAUUCGCAUAUCCUGAGUAUGGACACGCGGCGUCGAUGUCAGCACCCUCGCAUAAGAUGACUUUCGAUCAGUCUACAUUGUACCCUUCGUCAAUGGAGUAUGCAGGUGUUCCUUCAGUGUCUGGGCCGGCCAGGCGAUACCGUAGCGCGACGCCGUCGAUGCUCAGAGUCACGGAUGGCAUCCGAAGACCUUCUUCUGCUACCAGUUACGCCGCCGCGGGAGCUCGUGGUUACCACCCCUACGCCAUGGCUGUUAGCAAUCACUACUCGCAAUCAGCGCACUCAAGUCCUGCGAAUCGCUCCGUGUCUUUGGACUACAUGCAUGACCAGAGCGCGCCUGCUGGUAUGAUCGCGCAAGGUUCGCAUUCUCGCCAAAGUUCCAAUGGCCAGCUCCAGGAGCAGAUGUCUCAGAUGAUCAAUUUUGACCACCUGGAGCCCGAUGUUCCUUCUUACACCGCUCCUGUGCCUGUAGCCUACGGGGAGACGUACCCGCAUCGGCCAUCUAUGCAGUACAGCGCUUCUGCUCCGGGUUCAUAUGCCAGUCCGAGAAACGGCCCGCCUUCCUACGGUCAAGCUUAUCCUGUUGACGCAUCCCAGGGUGACCGGUAUGUGGCAGAACCUGCAAGCUACUAUAGCGCCGCCAUGGGACAAGUUGAGCCGCAGGUCGUGAUGUGAAUGUCCUAGCCGGGAACAUUAUCAUACGCAAAGCAAUCGUUAAUAUUCAUUACUCUAAGCGACUUCUAAUCUGCUUGCCCGCCUCUGUUAAGCAUCCGUUGUAUCCUGCAUCCCCUGCUCCGGACUUCUUCACAUCAGCCAGUGGCUCUUCUUGCUCUCAUGACGGCCGGCCGAUCCUAACCUUCAGCUAAUCCUGUCACUUAUCCAAAUAUCUAUUUCGACAAUUUCGCAGCAAUUUUCGCAAGUACAUACUUCAUAUAAUCAUCUCGGAGCCCGCUACUGCACGUAUAUUUUUUAGUGUCUGCCUCUGUCCACGUUUCUCGUUGCUCACAAGCCUACACUCCCUCACUAAUUACGUUCCGCGCCCUCCCCCCUACAUUUGUUUCCAUAAUUUCAUCCUUUGAGCCGUGCAUGUACGGCUCUACUGUAGCUGCACCUGGGAUUCAUCAAUGCACGUUGUAAUCAAAAUUUGUGUACAUGAAGUUGAUAAUGCUAUGUUUGUUGUGUCG